AUGGCCUCUUCGCUAAGCUACGGGCUGCCUCGGCCGCCAGAUGACUACGGGGCUGGUUGUCCGAAAUGGAUGGACCCCGAAGGAAAACACGGUAAAGUGAUUGUGCUUUCACUGCAACCUGUCAAUGAGGAGGUUCUGCCGAUGAAUCAUCCUUUCACCGUCGGAAAAUCGAUACAAUCACUGAUUGGUGAUGCAUACACUGCAGUCACCGAAGCGAAAGGCACGAAGUAUAUCAUCAAGGUACGAAGCCCAAUACAUGCUAACAAAUUGCUGGACAUGAAGCAGCUGAUUGAUAAAACACCCGUUGAAGUUACCACCCAUCCUACACUCAACUAUAGUAGAUGCAUUGUCAACUGCCCGGAAGUGAUCCAAAUGUCGCAAGAAGAUCUACUGACUGAGCUGGCACCCCAAGGCGUAACGCACGUGCGAAGAUUCACAAGGAUGGUGGAUAAAAUUAGGGUUAAUACCUCCACGAUGGUGCUGACCAUUGCUGGAACUACCUGGCCCCAACACAUCUACUUCGGAGCACUAAGAGUACCAACUCGUGCGUACUAUCCCUCUCCAAUGCUCUGUUUCGGCUGCCUUGAAUAUGGGCAUACAAAAGCUCGUUGCAAAGGCGCUCCCCGCUGCCAAAAAUGCUCCGAAGAAGGACACAGUGCUGAGGACUGCACAAAAAACGAACACUGUUUCCACUGCAAGGAAGGACAUAAGCCAACCGAUCGAAACUGCCCGCUCUACAGGAAGGAGAACGAAAUUGUCAAAAUCAAAGUCGAGCAAGGUUUGUCAUAUCCCGAAGCCAAGAAGUGUCACGAUAGCCGCGCCGGACCCAAGUCCUACGCUCACGUUAGCAAGGGACAAGUCAACCAGGAUGCGAAAGACAAAGAAAUCGCAUACCUGAAAGCCCGGUUGCCAAUGUAA